CUCGCGUACUUGAUACCUAUCUAUCAUCAAAAUGAAUACAUCAUCUUCAUUCAUAUAGUAUUAAUUCACACACCUUAAAGCAUGAAUUACUCAUUAUCGCCUCUAGAUAGAGACACCAGAAUAAUGAGACAUACGUUUUUUCGAGAGUUCAAAUAUGGACGACAGAAUACAUGUCCAUAUGUUAUGUGUGUAUAUUAUACAUUCUCUUCAUAAAGAGUGCCAGCCACCGGCUUUCUAUUGUCUGCCUUGAUUUUUUUUUAAGUAAUAUUGUGGCUUUCAGUUUAAUAGAUUUUCUCUUCUAUUCUAAUGAGAUGCAUGGAAUUAGCUCUACCCACCUGUGUUCGAAAACCUGCUCAUUGCAGCAUCUGAAGCACAAUCGUAAUGUCAGCAAUGUUCGCAACUCAUUACAGAAUGAAAGGCUAGCAUCAACAGAUGGCUGACAAU